CGGCGGCGGCGCUGGAGGCGGGAGGUGCUGGAGCAGCGAGGCCGGGCCGGGCGGAUCGGCCGCGGAUUGCCAGGCGGAGGCGGAGGCAGAGAGGCAGGCAGCAGCAUUGUCGUCGCUAGCCUUCGGUCGGGAGGCGAGGCCGGCAUGGAGGGACGGGCAGCGGCGGAAGCCGCCGCUGUGGCCAGGGGAACGCCGGUGGCGGGCGGCUCCGGGGCGGCGCGGUGACCGGUGGGGCCGGGGUCGGGGCCGGCCGGCGGCGAUGCGCCCGCCCUGGCUAUGGAGGAGCGCUGGCACCGCGUGCUGGUGGCGCUGCUGAUGCUGCUGCUCUUCGGCGGGCUGGUGCUGCAGUACGUGUGUCCCGGGAGCGAGUGCCGGCUACGGCAGCGCCUGGCCGAGGGCGCCCCGUCCGUCUUGCUGGCGCGGCAGGCCGGCGGCGGGGGGGACCCGUACCGGGCGGAGGACGAGAGCCCGCCGCGCUUCGUGCCGCGCCUCAACUUCUCGGCCGCCGACCUGCUGCGCCGCGUGGACUUCCACAUCGCCGGCGACGACCUCAUCGUCUUCCUGCACAUCCAGAAGACUGGCGGCACCACCUUCGGGCGCCACCUGGUGCGCAACAUCCAGCUGGAGCAGCCCUGCGAGUGCAAGGCCGGGCAGAAGAAGUGCACCUGCCUGCGGCCGGGCAAGCGGGAGACGUGGCUCUUCUCGCGCUUCUCCACCGGCUGGAGCUGCGGGCUCCACGCCGACUGGACCGAGCUCACCAACUGCGUGCCGGCCGUGGUGGACGGCAAGAAGGACGCCCAGCUGCGCCCCACCAGGAAUUUCUACUACAUCACGAUCCUCCGAGACCCGGUGUCUCGGUACUUGAGCGAAUGGAGGCAUGUCCAAAGAGGAGCAACCUGGAAAGCUUCGUUGCACGUUUGUGACGGAAGAUCGCCAACUUCCGAAGAGUUGCCCAGCUGUUACUCGGGGGACGACUGGUCUGGCUGUUCUCUGCAAGAGUUCAUGGAUUGCCCGUACAACCUGGCCAACAACCGCCAAGUCCGCAUGCUGGCUGACCUCAGCCUGGUGGGAUGUUACAAUUUGUCCGUCAUGCCAGAAGAGCAACGGAACCAGGUUCUUCUGGACAGCGCCAAGGAGAACCUAAAGCGGAUGGCCUUCUUCGGCCUGACGGAAUUUCAGCGGAAGACUCAGUAUCUCUUUGAGAAGACGUUUAACAUGGUCUUCAUCUCACCGUUCACGCAGUACAAUAGCACACGGGCUUCCAGUGUGGACAUUGACAAAGAGACUCAGAAGCACAUUGAGGCUCUCAAUUUUUUAGAUAUGGAGCUCUACGAUUAUGCAAAGGAUCUUUUCUUGCAAAGGUACCAAUACAUGAGACAGAAGGAGCACCAAGAGGCCAGGCGUAAGCGUCAGGAGCAGAGGAGGCUCUGGAGGGCCAGGCAGGUUCACAGCAAGGAGCAGAGCAGCGCAAAUGCCACGACGGACUAUGUCGGGAAUGUGGAGCAGUGGCGAUAAUGACAGGGGCUGGCUUUAGUUUUUAGAAGGGUCCUGAUUUCAAAAAGCAAGGGCAGGAUUGCAAAACGCAGAGGACAAAAUAACCAAGAAACCUUUGCUUCUUCGAGGGUUGAGGAAUGGACACAAGGGCCUCCGAUGCGUGGCCUUUGCCCAAAUGCUCUUUGCAUUAAAUGUUGUACCGUAUGUGGGUUGACCUUUUCAUAUCUGUGUGUCUCAGAUUUAAAAAAAAAAAAAAAGCUGGCCUGUUUAGCAGAACAACUAAAACUAGUAAUCGCUAUCAGAAAAGAUUACUUGGGGGACAACAGAGUUUAAAAAUUGGAUGAUGUGGUUGUUAUGGUUACAGCCAAGGAAGUUGGGGGAUUUUAUUGCAUUUUCAGGUGGGGAAAGUAUGUUUAUGAUGUGCAAUAUGUGACCAGUGCAUUGCGAGGGGACCAUCAACCUUUUUUUUUUUUUUUACAGCAGGGAUGGGAACCCUGUGGCUCUCCAGAUGGUAUUAAGACUACGAUUUCCAUCAUCCUUGACUGUUGGCCGUGCUGGCUGCUGGGAGCUGG